CAUGCCGCGCCGGGAGGAGGGCGUCCUCGGCCGGGCCGGGGGAGGUUCGCUCUGAAGUUAGGGCCGGGGAGGGAGGAAGAGGGAGCGCUGCCGGAAGCGGCGGCGGCGCUGGGAGCCCGCGGUGCCCCGGGACAGCAUGUAGCUGGGUGACAGCGACCGGAGCGCGCUGCCUCCGCCGCCAAGGGCCGUCUGCCUCGCCGCCGGCGCGGCGGGCGCCGGUGCAGCGGGUCGGGAGCCUCUCCGGGAAGGCGGAGCGGGACGGCAGUCGCUUCUCGCCUCUGCCCCGCUUUCCCCUGUGCCCUCAGCGCCGUCUCUCGGCGCGGCCCUCCUUCAGCCGCCCGCCUCUGCGCCGCCGGCCGGGGGCUGCGGCCGCUCCGCCGCUGCCAUGGGGCUGCCCACGCUGGAGUUCAGCGACUCCUACUUGGACAGCCCGGAUUUCAGGGAGCGCCUGAAGUGUCACGAGAUCGAGCUGGAGAGGACGAACAAGUUCAUCAAGGAGCUGAUUAAGGACGGCAGCCUCCUCAUCGGGGCCCUGCGAAAUUUAUCCAUGGCAGUGCAAAAAUUUUCACAGUCUUUACAAGAUUUCCAGUUUGAGUGUAUUGGAGAUGCUGAAACUGAUGAUGAAAUUAAUAUUGCCCAGUCACUGAAAGAGUUUGCUCGGCUCCUGAUUGCUGUUGAAGAGGAGAGGAGACGACUGAUCCAGAAUGCUAAUGAUGUGCUAAUAGCACCACUGGAGAAGUUUCGUAAAGAGCAAAUAGGAGCAGCAAAAGAUGGGAAAAAGAAGUUUGACAAGGAAAGUGAGAAAUACUAUUCCAUCCUAGAGAAGCACUUAAAUUUAUCAGCAAAGAAGAAAGAAUCUCAUUUGCAAGAUGCAGAUACACAGAUUGACAGAGAACAUCAAAACUUUUAUGAAGCAUCAUUAGAGUAUGUUUUUAAAAUUCAAGAAGUACAAGAGAAAAAGAAAUUUGAAUUUGUAGAACCUCUCUUGGCCUUUCUUCAAGGAUUAUUUACAUUUUACCAUGAAGGAUAUGAACUGGCUCAGGAGUUUGCACCAUACAAGCAGCAACUCCAGUUCAAUUUGCAGAACACACGGAAUAAUUUUGAAAGCACUAGGCAGGAAGUGGAGAGACUCAUGCAAAGAAUGAAAUCGGCCAACCAGGAUUACAGACCACCAAGUCAAUGGACAAUGGAAGGCUAUCUCUAUGUGCAGGAGAAACGACCUCUUGGAUUUACAUGGGUAAAGCAUUACUGCACUUACGAUAAAGGAACAAAAACAUUUACAAUGAGUAUAGCUGAAACAAAAUCUGGUGGAAAAGUGAAUGGCCUUGUCACAAGCUCACCAGAAAUAUUCAAGCUGAAAUCUUGCAUCAGGAGAAAAACAGAUUCAAUUGACAAACGUUUCUGUUUUGAUAUUGAAGUCUUUGAGAGACCUGGAAUCAUCACACUGCAAGCUUUUUCAGAAUCCAACCGAAAACUGUGGCUUGAAGCUAUGGAUGGAAAGGAACCAAUCUACACGCUGCCAGCCAUUAUUAGCAAGAAGGAAGAAAUGUUCUUAAAUGAAGCAGGUUUCAACUUUGUGAGAAAAUGUAUUCAUGCUGUAGAAACAAGAGGUAUUACAAUCCUGGGGCUGUACAGAAUAGGUGGUGUAAACUCCAAGGUGCAAAAGCUGAUGAAUACUAUAUUUUCCCCUAAAUCUCCUCCUGAUAUGGAUAUUGAUAUGGAACUUUGGGACAAUAAAACAAUAACAAGCGGACUAAAAAACUACCUCAGGUGUCUCUCAGAACCACUGAUGACUUUCAAGCUGCACAAAGAUUUCAUUGUUGCUGUUAAGUCAGAUGAUCAGAACUACAGAGUUGAGGCAGUGCAUGCGCUUGUGCAUAAGUUACCAGAGAAGAACAGAGAGAUGCUGGACAUCCUUAUCAAGCACUUGGUCAAGGUAUCAUUACACAGUCAGCAAAAUCUAAUGACUGUAUCCAACCUUGGUGUUAUCUUUGGACCAACUCUGAUGAGAGCCCAAGAAGAAACCGUGGCUGCUAUGAUGAACAUUAAGUUUCAGAAUAUCGUCGUUGAAAUUCUGAUAGAGCAUUAUGAAAAGAUAUUUCACACUGCACCAGACCCCAAUAUUCCUCUUCCCCAACCUCAGUCCAGAUCAGGUUCAAGAAGAACAAGAGCAAUUUGUCUCUCCACAGGUUCACGUAAACCCAAAGGAAGAUAUACACCCUGUCUAGCCGAUCCUGACAGUGACUCAUACAGCAGUAGCCCAGACAGCACUCCCAUGGGCAGCAUUGAAUCUCUCUCUUCUCACUCCUCUGAGCAGAACAGCACCACCAAAUGUGCACCUUCACAGCCCAGGGAGAAAUCAGGAGGGAUUCCAUGGAUUGCCUCUCCCCCUUCUUCUAAUGGCCAGAAGAGUUCAGGCCUCUGGACUACAAGUCCAGAAUCCUCAUCAAAGGAGGAUGCAACCAAAACAGAUGUGGAGUCAGACUGCCAAAGUGUGGCUUCUGUCACUGGACCAGAGAAUGCCUCUCCACCAACAGACCUGACCAAAAAGAGUUCUUACAGCCUGUCCGGGCUGAAAAGGUCUUCAGCAUCUUCCCUUAGAUCAAUUCCUUCAGCUGAAGGUAACAAAAGCUGCAGUGGAUCUGUACAGAGCUUAUCUUCAACAGAUACCAAAGAUACACCAAAGGCUCCACCAAACCCUGAUUUACCUCCCAAAAUGUGCAGGAGAUUAAGAUUAGAUACCACAUCAAGUAAUGGUUAUCAAAGACCAGGAUCUGUAGUGGCUGCAAGAGCGCAGUUGUUUGAAAGUGCUGGUUCACUUAAACAAGUUUCUUCAGGACGACAAGCAAAAGCCAUGUAUUCCUGUAAGGCUGAGCACAGUCAUGAGCUGUCUUUCCCACAGGGGGCAAUAUUUUCCAAUGUGUAUCCAUCAGUGGAACCAGGCUGGUUAAAAGCAACUUAUGAAGGCAAAACAGGACUCGUUCCUGAGAAUUAUGUUGUCUUCCUCUAGUAAUCUUUAGUGGACAGCAAUAUCUUCAUGGUAUCCAUGGUAACAAAUAAUAAGCACUACGAUUUUUAUCUGACACAGAUAUGGGAUCAGCCCGUUAGCUGAGUGGUAGAUUUCCUUCAGAUACUGCAGCUGCAGGUUACACAUCUCCCUAUCAAUGGAACAGAAUGUAAUGAAACAGUUAAUAGUUUCUGUACUGAAGAUGGUACUGUUUAAAUAACUUCCAUUGUUUGCAAAAGGUUGUUCUGUUCUUCUUCUAUGGGUAAGGAACACCAGAGCAAUAAAAUCAAAAAAGUUGCUUUUUAGCUGCAGGCUUUCAGGUCCUGGGAUGUUGCUCACAGAAGUGUGAAAUUUAGAGGCAGUGCACUCUGAAAUUUCUUGCAUUCUGUGUUUUUUAAUAUGGAAAAUUGUAUUCUUUUUAUAAUGUAAGUAAUGCUUCUAUUGUGAUCUGAAUUAUCCCUUAGAAAACUUGAUUCUAAAAUUAGUCCUAAUCAUUUCAAAUAAGAAAUGAGUUUUCCAUAAGUCAGAAGUUAGAACUUCUGUUAGUCAUUGAGAUUACAAUAUGGUAUAGAAUUUUUUCAACUGAUAAUAAAAUCAGUUUAUACACUGCCUGAGCAGUAAGUGCUCAUUCAAAAUGUGAUGUUCAAUGAAUGUUUCAUUAAAAUACUUCUUAGAUUUGCUUUCUUCUUUGUGUAUAGAUAAUAUUAAUAACUUUCAUUUCUAUUAUACCUGUCAUCUGGAAGAUAUUGGCAGUGUACCUCAGAACAUGCGUAGAAAACAAGGAGAUGCUGAACCUGGAAUGAUUGGUAGUCAUGUGAAGUGACCAGUGAAAAACAGCAGUAUGUUUUGAAACCUGAGAUAAAUUGUAACCGAGUCCUUUUACAACUUUUUUCCAUUGCAAAUAAUACAAAUGGCCUGUGAAGUAGCUGAUUGUAUAAGCUAUGAAUGCUGAAAGCUCCAUGUAGCAAUAAAACUAUUUAGUAUUAUUUCUCCUGACUUCUGCUAAACUAUUUGAUAAAGAUUUCUCUCCUUCCAUAGAAUAAAAAAGCCAGCCUUACUUUUCAAAGGUUUUGUAAAGAUCCAUUGAUUGUUCCUGGUAGGACUGAAAAAAAAAACAACCCACCACCAAAACCUACAAGCUGAAAAAGAAACCUCAAAAACAUAAGCAGUUUUCUCAAUCUGAGCAUCUUUCUUGCACACCUUGAGGGAAAACACACUCUGCUUGCUUGGCUACUUACCAUGCCCAAUUGAAAACGAAGAUAUUUAAGCUCCAUAUUAGUAAUUCUUCAGCAUUAGUGCUACAGAAAGAAUUCACUGUUUCAUAGACCUGAUUAGGCUUAAUUUCAUAGACGUAUCAAGGCUUAGUUCUUUUUUCAGUAGCAGAAACCAACAUAUAAAUCUUCUGUUGAUUUCUAAGUUGUACGCUACUUCCAGAAAUUUUAAGGAAGAACUUCUGUCAGGACUAAAAAUGUCAGUAAUCUUUUAGUUGUUUGUUUUUUUCUUUCCAUAGCCUUUUUCUUUUUUAAAUUAGAAAGUAAGAUUUAUUGCCAACAUAAACAAGCACAUCAGAACCUUCUUUAUUUGCAUGGAGUGCAUGACUUCUGCAGAUCAAUUCUGUGUUGGAAUUCAGGCUGGUAGCAAAAGCCUGCAGGAUCCUUCUCCUCACCCAUUAGUCUCGAGUGAUGAUCAGGGAAGGAGAGAGGCUGGAAGAGCAUCCUCCCAGAAAUGGUCUAGCUUUUCAGAGGGGGACUCUGUGUAAGACUGACUGCAGCCAGUUGAGGACAGACCCCUAGAAUUAGUGACUGAGUGAUCUGGGUUCGUUCUUCACUCUAAACAGUUUCAUUAAGCCCCAAAUCAUGUUUCACUUCACCUUAAGUCCAGACUCUGUUCAGUGCAUUGUGAUGAAGGGUUUGUUGCAGAUGUUGUCAUGGGCAGUAAAGCAGACAUGUGUGUGCUUAUCUAAUUUGCCCAGAGCAGAUGUGAAAGGAAGUGAAGAGAAGGUCUUUUCUCACCAGGCUGAGCCUUUCUUAGUUUUAAGGCAAGCCAGGUUUUCCUAGCGUAAGCUACGCCUGAAACUGCUGUUGCCCUGAGAAGAUCAACAUGGUUUUGGCUGUGGUUUUGCUGUAUUUCACAAUCCAAGAGCUGCAGGCUUUCAAAAGGCUUACCUCUGGUGACCUUCCCAGGAGAAGUGCUGCUGCAGGCAAAAAGGAGCAGAAAGGGAGACAGAGCUUUGAGCAAACGCUGGAGGCGCAGCACAUGUCCCACCCAGGCAGAGAAAUGCAGCAGUCCGAGGAAAAAUCCCAACUUCUAUCUAUUGCACCAGGGUCAGUGGCAAACUGACCUGCGUUGAACAUCCUUUGAUGACCUCUUAUACCUCUUAGGAACAAUUUAAUUGUGAAAUUCUUGAGGAGCAAUGAAAUAGAAAAUGCUUGCUCUUACUUGGCACUUCUUUAGCCUGGUUUAAAAAAAAGGGGGGGGGAAAGCUAACCUUAGGCAAUCUCACAGCCAGUGUAUAUAGCUGGAUAUUCUCCAGUAUUGUGUUUUGAAACCAGCUGAUCUGACUGCAAGCUAGAGGACUCAAAGACACCAAGUCCGUUAAAAACUUUGUAAACAUGAAGUUCAGUUACAGAUUAAGUAUACCCUGUAAGUGCUGAGGGAAAGAUUGUGGAAAGACCUGGAGGAAUCCUGGCAGAGGAGGGGUGAUCUGACUGUUCCCAUGCAUUCGUCUCACAUUAGACACAAAAUUGAAUUGCAGAAGACAGCUUCAUAAGAAACUGGAUCUCAUUUAUCCUGCUGCUUGCAAAACUAAACUGUAUUUUCCCCUGAGCCUUUGCAUUUUUUCAGGCCCUUCUUCUGAACUAGCCAUGAUGAUCACAUAAAUAACUUUAAAGUAGCUUAGUUUUAAAAUGGCAUUUCCAUCUGAAAAAAGGUUAUGCCCAUUCUUAGUUAGAGUUAACCACUCACUCUCAACGAGUAGGGUUUUUCAUUUUUUGAAAUAUUUUAUGGGUUUUCUUUUCCUUUCUUCUGUGGUACAUAAUGCACUUUUUGUAUAAUCUCACUUCUGGGUUGUAGAUACUUUCCUGCACCCACAGCUCUUCCCUGACUUUCUAAGAGGGAGUUUUAUGUCUACAAGAAGCUGUAAAAUGAACUGGAAAGUUAAGUAACGAGGUGUUCAAAGACUGAAAUGGAGGGGAGGGCAGCACCAAAGCUUAUCUAAUGAUGGUACUCUCAGGCCUGACCAGAAAUCCCUUCUGAUAAUUGCAAAGGAUCAGAAAUCCAUAUAACAUUUAAAUGAAGAUAUAAUAUCUUGAAAGUGCCUUACCAGAAAAUUCGGCAAGCUGAACUAAAUUAGUUCAUAGUAUUGAUUUACUGUUUUUUAUGAAACUCAGAUUCACUCUACAAGCGAAGGUUGCGCAAUUUUUUAAAUUAUUAUUAUUAUUAUUAUUAUUAUCCGCUUUAAAAGGAUGCAGCAUUUUUUUUCCAAAUAUCACUGUAGAACUCAAGGUAGAUGACGUGUUGCAAUUGCUGUUUGUCUUGUGGAAAUAAUGUCUGUACCCAAACUUAUGUAAUUGUCUGUGUUUUUUCUUUGUUAAACCUUUUGAUACAUGUUGCAGCACAACAUGAAUCAAAUUAAUAGUGUGAAGAACUGAUAUAUUGUAUGAUAAAUACAUAAAGUAUAUUAAUAUUUUAUAUUCACGCUUUUUAUUAAUGUUAAAGGUGAAAAAUUAUUUUGGUGUAAUUCCUAUGAGUUCAGUAUUAAAAAGUCCUUGCCAUAUUUUGGCAUUUAGAGUUAUAUGUAACAAAACUCUUAAAUUAAACCAUAGCUAUCACUUAUGUCCCUAACUAAUCUCUAAAGUUAGUUGUUCAAUUAUUUCUGGGAAAAAAAGAUGCACGUAUUUGCUGACUAGCGCUAUUCAAUGAUAGUAGUAGUAACUUAUUUUCCUUUUAUAUGUUUUCUGGUGCUGAUCUCUAUUCUUUGUCUGCAAUUGGAUUGAAUCAUAAUGUGCCUUUAGGAAAGACAUGUUAGGAGAGGAAAUGUUGCAAAAUUCAGCAGUCCAGAACAAUAAUUACAACAAAAAAAAGCGUUGUAUGGCAGUAAUUGGAUUUCUUUUUGUUACAUUUCUCCACUGGUCUAUUAUCUACUUAAGAUAACAUCAGAAUAAAUAAUGAAACUAAAAAACAUAUUGCUCUUCAUAUUUCUUUUCCUAAGGCAGCGGUUUGUGCAAUUUUGGAUGGAGCAGCAAGGGGAGAAAUCCCAGUAGGGGAGCACAUCCUCCACACUGGGGUGGAUCUUCUUCACUGAUGGAAACUCUCAAAGCUCUAGUGAAGUCAAUGACAGACCUUUGGGAAUUUAUAGUGAUGGUUUGCUGGCAGAAGCCACCAGAAAGUAAAUGCAAUAUUCUGUUAAUGGAGUAAUAUAUGAUAUGGCUUGGCAUUAUCCUUUCUUGCAGCAGAGUGCCCUAUAUGAAUCAUUCAGUUACCGGUGAUCAAGUUACAGGCAAUGUUCAGUCUUGCUUUUUGUGGUCACGCAGCCCUGACCGCUCCUGCUGCCACAGCCCUUCCAGUUACUGCUCAUGCUAAAGUCAGACUGUUGAUCAGGCUGUUUCAGCACAGAUUAGGAGGUCUCUUUUUUGGGGGUAAGAUUUUGCAUGGGCUUUGGGAUUUCACUUUGUUUUGUUUUAAUAAGGUGCUUAAUAUCCAAACAGCUACUAAUUCGAUGUUGUAAUUCAGUCACUGAAGAUCAUAGCAUUGUGCUUCUUGUCCUGUAUGUGGCAGUAUUUAAUAAACCAUUGGAUUAUCCAUGUUAUUUUAAGUGUAAAGAAUGGUGCUUGAAGACUGGGAUGUCUCAUCUGAAAGCUGUUCUGCAUCUGAGCUUUUUGCAAGUGUUUUACCAGGAAUUGUCAUUAACGUUCUGGCACUAAAGACAGCACCAUGAUCUCAGCACUACAGGAGUUUAUGUUAUAACAAAGGGCAAAGCAGUUAACAGGGCACAUGGAUAGUCUCAAUUUUCAAUCAUAUUUAUGACAAUUUUGGAGGUAUUAGAGUUUAUAAGGGUUACUUUAGAUACUAUAUGGUAUUUUAAUAGGAAAGUAUAUACAAUCAAUAACUAUAUAUAUAUUUAAUAAAGUCCUACUAAAUUAUCUUAUUGAACUCUUUGUUUAUUUUGUAGUGUGGUUUCAAUAAUUAUCUGCACUCUGUAUAUAUCUACAUGUAAAUAACUGGCAUGACAUGCAUAAGCUGACUUGCAGACAUAAUUCUAUGUUGUACUUUACACUGUAUUUCAAAAAUUUGAAAAAACAAAUAUUUUCAAAAUAAAAAGCCUUUCUACACCAA